AUGGUGAAAGAAAAGAAAAGAGCAGAUAAAAAGGGGGACAAGUCCGCCCGUUCUCCCUCCUCUCCCUCCGAUUAUCCAGAGUUUCCCAAACAAGAUGGCAGCGCCGCUAGGCAAGACGCGUCGCCGAGUGCCACGCCACCACUGGACGUGCCGCUCAAGGACCCAGCAGGCAAGAGAGAGGCCAAAAGCGACAAUGUGCCGAAUGAAGAUGCCACCCAGUAUGAAGAGCCCGUUCUGACCAAACUCAUAGUAGAAAGCUACGAAGGGGAAAAAGUCCGUGGACUAUAUGAGGGAGAAGGGUUUGCCAUCUUCCGAGGAGGCUGUACCUACCGGGGCAUGUUCUCCGAAGGACUCAUGCACGGACAGGGGACUUACAUCUGGGCUGAUGGAUUGAAAUACGAGGGCGACUUUGUGAAGAACGUCCCCAUGAACCACGGCGUCUUCACGUGGCCAGAUGGCAGCACCUAUGAAGGAGAGGUAGUCAGCGGCAUGAGGCACGGAUUCGGCAUGUUCAAGUGCAGCACGCAGCCUGUCUCCUACAUCGGCCACUGGUGCCACGGCAAGAGACACGGAAAGGGCUCCAUUUAUUAUAAUCAAGAGGGCACCUCUUGGUAUGAAGGAGACUGGAUAUACAACAUCAGAAAGGGCUGGGGGAUAAGAUGUUACAAGUCCGGGAACAUAUACGAGGGUCAGUGGGAGAACAACAUGCGCCACGGGGAAGGUAGGAUGAGGUGGCUGACGACUAACGAGGAGUACACCGGUCAGUGGAGGCACGGGGUCCAGAACGGCCUUGGCACACACACAUGGUUUCUAAAGAGAAUCCCCUACUCCCAGUAUCCUUUGAGAAACGAAUACGUAGGAGAGUUUGUGAACGGAUACCGCCAUGGCCAUGGAAAGUUCUACUAUGCCAGCGGAGCCGUGUAUGAGGGAGAGUGGGUCUCCAAUAAAAAACACGGCAUGGGCCGAUUAACCUUCAAGAAUGGGCGUGUGUAUGAUGGCCUGUUUUCCAAGGAUCACAUAGUGGUGUUUCCGAAUCUGGACGGGGAAGUGAUGAGCUACCCGAACUCACCUUCAGAGGGUGCCUUCAAGUGCCAGCAGUGCAAGCCCUCCAUCAGUGCUGAAAUCAUGAGAAAGCUUGAUGGCAAUGAAAGUAAUUCCUUGUUAGGCUCGAGCCUCGAGCUGGAUCUCAGUUUAUUGCUGAAAAUGUACCCUGAGAGAGACCAGUCAGAAGAAAAGAAGCAGGUAGAAUAUGCUAUCUUAAGAAACAUUACAGAAUUAAGAAGAAUCUACAACUUUUACAGCAGCCUGGGCUGUGACCGCUCCCUGGAUAACACCUUUCUGAUGACAAAACUUCACUUCUGGAGGUUUCUCAAAGACUGCAAGUUCCAUCACCAUAACAUAACCCUUGCUGAUAUGGACAGAGUGCUCGGUGCCAAUAAUGACAUACCAGUGGAAGAAAUUCACUCUCCAUUUACCACAUUACUUUUGAGGACAUUUUUGAACUACCUCUUGCAGCUGGCUUACCACAUUCAUCACAAAGAAUACCAAGACCGAAGCCCGUCGCUCUUUCUGUGCUUUAAAAAAGUGAUGAAUGAGAACAUCCGCCCCAAUGCCUGCCGUGUGAAAGGCCAUUUAUUCUGCGAGGCCCAGCGGACCCUCUAUUCAAUGACUUACGUGGACAAGUGCUGGGAGAUCUACGCGGCGCACUGCAGACCACACGCGGCCCCUCCCCACGAGCUCACCAUGAACGUGAGACACUUCCUCUGGAUGUUGCGGAGCUUUAAGAUGAUAAAUAAAGAAUUGACAGCAACCAAGUUUGUGGAGGUCAUAGCAGAGGAUAACCCUUCCAUGUAUGAUGGAAUCGACAGUAACUUUGAACUUGAGCUGGUUUUCCUGGAAUUCUUUGAAGCUCUAUUAAGCUUCGCCCUCAUCUGUGUUCCUGAGCCAGCAACUAAAUUCUGUUCAGAUUUCCCAGAUGAUGACCUGUCUGUUAACAAAGCUGGAAGCACUUACCCAGUGACAGCUCAGGACACCCAGAACAGGAGUCCAAGCGCAAUAGCAAGCCAGGAAUCCGACAUUCAGUUCAGCAGCACCAAGUCAUCUUCGAGCAAGUUGGGUGUCCUGCUCGACAUCAGCAAGAUAAGAAAGUCAGAGCCCCAAAUCAAGAAAUCUGUAAGUGACGGAAAAACUUCCAAAGUGAAUUUUAAAUCUGCAGGCAAAGGGCUGACCUUCUUUUUAUCUCAAAGUGGGAAAAAAGAAAAAUCCAAGGAUGAACAAAAGGAAAAAUUCAACACAUGGAUCAGUAAUAUGUACGUCUUUUUUGUGAACACUCUCUUCCAAGCACAUAAACAUGAAGAAACCCUCAAGGAGAAAGUAAAGGAAAACAGGCUGCAAGAUGAAGCAACGGCCCUUCAGAGGAAGAUGGAAAACGAGGAGCUGGAAGCAAGGCUCAACAGCUUGAGAGAGGAAGAGGCCAAAAGACAAGACUACGAGGUGGACAUCACCGUGAUCAAGGAACCGGUAGACGCCCCCUCCUCGAGUUUCACACCGAGCCCCCCGAAAGAGGACACCGUGGUGUCCAGCAAAUCCAUCACCAGCAAGAAAAAGAAAAAGUAG